AUGGCGACAGGUUCCGUCCUGCUUCUUUUCGUGGCGCUCUGCUGUAUAGUUUGGGACGCGACCAUCCUCUCGGGCACGUCCUUGGAACUCAGAGAGGGUGAGGAGCCCCAGUGGAGGAAAACAGGGAGCUCGAAAUCAGAAACAGACAGCACCCAAAAGCGCAGCACGCCACCGCGAGUGCUGGAAUAUGUUGUCCCACAGCAAAUCUUCAAAGGAAGCUUCCGUCGGUUCAACGUGAGCCCAACACAUGGAGAGAAAAUACGGAUCGUUGACCAAUCGGGUAAAAUGCGCAUGGAGCCAUCAGCAUCGAACGACGAUUUCACGCUCGAAACGGUUUUUCCAGUUGAAGGACGGCUGUGCAAUCUUCAAAAGACUGUUUCCUUGCAGGCACUCUUCCAGCGGUACACACAACCCAAGGCGAGGAAGUUUUGGAAGGAGGAAGCUUGGCAGGGGCAUAAGGUCUACGAGAUUUCCUUACCCGUCUUUGACCCGAGGAAAUGUACUCCUCAGGUGCAUGAGCCAGCGGUGGAGUUCUGUAUCCUCUUUACCUCAGGCCCCCUCGACGUUCUCGAAAAGGCAAAACGAGUAGGGUUUGCUGCUCGUGCUCUCCCAGAUAGCCUUCUGGUGCGCGUUCUGUGGAACGCGGUGUAG